UUAGUUGAAUACAGGGCUGUGGUGGGAACAAGUGGAAUAAUGGCUCCUGAAAAAUUGGCUAUUUUUGGAGUUGUAGUGUUGCUGCUCGCGACGGCGGUCCUGGCCAAGGACUGUCGAGGCGCUUUUUGCAAACACCGCGUCGAAUGUGACUUCAGGGGAGUCCGCUGCCACGAUUGCCGCACCCGCCUGAUCUGCACUCCUCGCGGCGGCAUCCUCGGCUCUUGUUGGUUCCCUGGUCGCCGGUACUGCUCUAAAGGCCGCUGCGUCAAGCACCCUAGCACAGAAUGUGCUACUGAAGGACCAUCUACUAGCCCACCUUCUAAUAGUACUGAGAAUCCUGCCACUUUAGACCCUGCAAGUACUACAGAAGAUUCAACAACAGAUCCUACGCCCACAAUAGAUCCUGCAUUUACUACAGAGGCAGAUACCACUGAUGUUACAUCUACUACUGCAGACACGUCUACCGAUCCUACCUUAGAUCCUGCAAGUACUACUGAUGAAUCUAAUUCUACUACUGAAGAAUCUUCAACGACUGAUACAGGUUCUACGGUAGAGCCUGAUUCUGCUACAGACGAAUCCACUUCUACCACAGAUGAAUCUACUUCUACCACUGAAGGAUCUUCUACAACUUACUCAAGUUCUACCAUAGAACCCGAUUCUGUUACCGAUGAAUCCACUUCUACUACAGAAGAAGGUACUUCUACCACUGAAGAAUCUUCUACAACUGACGCAAGUUCUACCAUAGAACCUGAUUCUACCGCAGACGAAUCUACUUCUACCACCGAAGACUCGUCAAGCAGAGAUAAAGCUACUUCUACUACUGAAGAAUCUUCUACAAUUGAUGCAAGUUCUACCGUAGAGCCUGAUUCUACUACAGACGAAUCCUCUUCUACCACGGAUGAAGCUACUUCUACCACUGAAGGUUCAUCUACUACUGAAGAAGAUAAUUCUACCACUGAGCCAGCUUCUACUAUAGAAACUGAUUCUGCCACAGAAGAGUCCACUUCUACCACUGAAGGUUCGUCUACUACCGAAGAAGAUAGUUCUACCACAGAGCCAGCUUCUUCUAUAGAAACAGAUUCUGCCACAGAAGAAUCUACUUCUACCACUGAAGGUUCGUCUACUACCGAAGAAGAUAGUUUUACCACAGAGCCACCUUCUACUAUAGAAACUGAUUCUGCCACAGAAGAGUCUACUUCUACCACUGAAGGUUCGUCUACUACCGAAGAAGAUAGUUCUACCACAGAGCCAGCUUCUACUAUAGAAACUGAUUCUGCCACAGAAGAGUCUACUUCUACCACUGAAGGUUCGUCUACUACCGAAGAAGAUAGUUAUACCACAGAGCCAAUUUCUACUAUAGAAACUGAUUCUGCCAGAGAUGAAUCUUCUUCUACCACUGAAGGUCCGUCUACUACCGAAGAAGAUAGUUCUACUACAGAGCCAGCUUCUACUAUAGAAACUGAUUCUGUCACAGAAGAAUCUUCUUCUACCCCUGAAGGUUCGUCUAAUACCGAAGAAGAUAGUUCUACCACAAAGCCAGCUUCUACUAUAGACCCUGAUUCUACAACAGAAUCCACUGCCAGCGAAGAAUCUACGGAUGAAGGUUCUACUACGGAAGGAUCAUCUACAAUCGAUGAGCAAUCUACUACGGAGGGACAAUCUACUACAGAGGAGGAAGAGUGCAUACCAGGGCAGCAUCAGCACGAGGCAGCUGCCCGGGCACAGUGUUUACGUCGCGGCGCACGCAACCUGUUGUGCGGGGACUAUCGACCGGGGCGAGGCAGUCCCGACCGCACCGCGCCCGGCGACGCGCGUGUAGACAUGCAGGUGCCAGGCACCCUGCUCUAA